UAAACUAUAAAACCAUCGGCUCCUCCAAAUCCAAUAAAAAUUACUCACGCACUAAACCAGAGGCUGUGUUUUCCGUUGGCCCUCUUCUCUAUAUAGUAUUAUUUCAUUCUACAGUAUAUAUUUGUUUCCACCGUAUUUCUUACCUAUCCUCCACCAAACAAACCCUUCCCACUUUUGAUUUCUGUUUUAAUCUCGUAAAGUUUGAGUCUUGCAAAAUGGGUUUCUCACUUCUUCAAUCUUUCUUGAGCGAAAAAUUCGACGACAAUUUGAUCUCUGGAUCAAAUCACGAUUCAAUCGAGAAGAAGAGCAAAAAACUGACGCUGUUUGAAGAUCUCGUAGAAGAUUCAGCCGCCUUGGAUUCGAAUUGUUACCCCUCCGACUGCGAGAGCGGCGUUUCCGGCGGCGAAAACGACCGAAAUUCACAAGGGAUUCAUGGGAUAAUCGCGAAGAAGCUGGUGUCGAGCUUGAGCUCGAGCGGAUUCGAUGCAAGAGUUGAGGGGCUUCGUCGGAUUGAUUUCUCGAGCUUCACGAGCAGAGCAAAGCUUCAAUCUUUCUGCAUAUAUUCGAAGGCGGUUGAGAUGAAGUGCAACGGCGAUGCCAAUGUGAGAUACGCGUGGUUUGGAGCUUCUAAAGCUGAGAUUACUGCGAUUCUCUCUCACGGUUUCUCCCUUCCGACCAGCAAUGGGACUCACGGAUUUGGAGUUCAUCUCUCCCCCGUUGAUCAUCCUGUUCAUAGUUUGGCAUUGGAUGGUGCUGAUGAGAAUGGCCUAAUGCACAUGUUGCUUUGCCGGGUGAUAAUGGGGAAAAUGGAGGCUGUUUUGAGUGGCUCCGAUCAAUACAAUCCAAGCUGCGAAGAGUUUGAUUCCGGAUGCGAUGAUUUAGCCUCUCCUCGGAGAUACAUUGUGUGGUGUUCGCGGAUGAACACUCACAUCUUGCCCGAAUACAUGAUCAGUUUCAAAGCAUCGUAUCAAGAAAAACAGAGGAAGUUGCAGCAGCCUCCGAGGGUUCCUAGGUCGGAUUGGAUGCCGUUCCCCAGUCUCAUUGCAGCGAUGUCCAAGUUCUUGCCUCGUGAUGCCAUUGAAUCGAUUUCGAAGCUUCAUAGUGCCUACAGGAAGCAGAAGGUGACACGCCACGAAAUGAUUCGACGUGUGAGGGAUAUAGCAGGGGACAAGUUGCUGAUGGCCAUCAUAAAAUCUUAUAGGAGCAAGACAAAAUCACAUCUUUGAGCAAGUGAACAGAGCAAGUUUGAGUGAAGAAUACUAGUUAGUUGAUGGCGAUUAGAAGUAUUAUGCGUGAAGUUGACAGCCUAACAUAGAUUGUACAUACAAUGAAGAUCACUUAGAGUUCUUGAUAGGGAGUAGUACUAUUUACCUCAGGGGUUGUCAUUUCUAGAAUUAUGUUUUGAUAAUUAGCUCAAGAAUUUGAAGCGGUUGAAAUUUUUACUUUGCA